GAAAAAGGAGAGUUCUAGGGGAUCUCCACCUCCCAACUGGGACAAGGAACUGUAGGACGCUCACUGACUUCGCGGUUACGGACUUGACCCAUGCAAAUAGGACUGAUCUGCCGCUUUACAGAAACCAAUGCUCCAUUCUUCUUCGGGAAUUCAGACGUUUCGCCCAACCCCUUGACUUGUUCCCAGGAGCUCUUCCUCAGCUUGCAUCUCCCACCCCCAGCCCUCACCCAAACACACCAGGCAAUUUACUCUUGUGGGCUUGGCCUCCCCCCUUUUCAACUAUAAACUGGCAGCAUGGUUUUCUACCUGGAGCUGCUCAAACAGGGAAAGCCACAUUCUCCGUGGCGAGGGGAGGCUGGAAAGCGGGGAGGGACAGGUUAGGUUCCCUGGUGCUGAAAGGGAGGCGUGCAAGUACUCACUGGCGCCCAGCACGCCCGUCCAUCUCGUGGGCACCAGGGCGUUGCCUGGCGACUCUAAACCGGGCCUCUUCUUGCCUUUCUGUUUGGAGAGGGGGAUGAAAAGGGGUGAACCCCCGCACAGGCACACACACACACGGCCGCUGGGCGAGGCAGAACCUGGGGAGAUCUCUGCUCGCUUGGCGCUCGCCUGGUCCCCGGAGUCUUUCGGAGAGGCCGUCGGGUGGCCUCAGGGCGACGGCUCCUGGAGACCUGAGCUCCCGACGAGGCGGCGGCCCUUCCUGUGCCUCCGCCGGCAGGCCAGGCCGGCAUCGGUGGGCAGCUCUGCCGGCUCCGGGCCGCGGUGGCCGCUGGCGAGCACAUGGUGGCGGGCCUGGCCGCGAGCAGAGCAGCCAAUCCGCGCCGCACCCGACGUGAUGUCAGAGCGGCGCUAGAAAAGGCGCGGAGCCUUGCGCUGGGUUGGGACUACGGCGGCUCCUGCCCGGAUCGCGGCUCCUCCUCCCGGUCGCCCGCCCGGCCCGCCUCCCCUCCUCCUCCAGCGCCGCCGCCGCCGCCGCCUCGCCUCCUUCUCCUCGUCCCUCUUCGUCCCUCGGUCCCUCCCUCCCUCCCUCCGUGCGGUCCCGGAGCGGCCGGGCGCAGCGGCCGCGCCUGCCGCCUGGAGAGUGAGUGAGGGGCGCUCAGGCCGCGGAAGCGGGCAGUCCGCCGGCCAGCCUCGCCCGUAGGCCAGUCGGUCUCCGGAACUCAGCCGUGCGCGGCUCCAGGCCCUGCCGCGCCGUCCAUGAGCCCCGCCGGGCGGGCAGGCAGCGGGCGCCGCAGCGAUGCUUUGAGGCGCCCCACUCGGCAGCCCCCGAGAACCCGGCCAGGCCCGGCCACCGAGGAGGAGGCGGCGGCGGCGAGACGGGGCGGGCGCGCUGGAGGGAUGGCGCCGCGCCGCGCGUAACCAGAACGGCGGCGGCGGCGGCCAGAGCAGUAGCGGCGGGACCCGCAGGAGCGUCGCGGCGGGGCCUCCAGGCCGGCCUCCGCCUCCCGCAGCCCGGCCAUGCUCUUCCACAGCCUGGCCGGCUCGGAGAUGCACGGCGUCAUCGACGAGAUGGACCGGCGAGCCAAGGGCGACGCGCCCGCCAUCAGCUCGGCCAUCGACCGCGGCGAGACGGAGACGCACGCCAUGCCGUCCAUCAGCAGCGAGCGUGCCGCCCUGUGCGCAGGCUGCGGCGGGAAGAUUUCGGACCGCUACUACCUCCUGGCGGUGGACAAGCAGUGGCACAUGCGCUGCCUCAAGUGCUGCGAAUGUAAGCUCAACCUGGAGUCGGAGCUGACCUGCUUCAGCAAGGACGGCAGCAUCUACUGCAAGGAAGACUACUACAGGCGGUUCUCCGUCCAGCGCUGCGCCCGCUGCCACCUGGGCAUCUCGGCCUCGGAGAUGGUGAUGCGGGCGCGGGACCUGGUCUACCACCUGAACUGCUUCACCUGCUCCACGUGCGCCAAGAUGCUGACCACGGGCGACCACUUCGGCAUGAAGGACAGCCUGGUCUACUGCCGGCUGCACUUCGAGGCACUCCUGCAGGGCGAGUACCAGCUGCACUUCAACCACGCCGAGGGGGCGGCCGGCAAAGGCGGCCCCGCCGCGCUGGGCGCCUCGGCCGCACUGGGACUGCCUUACUACAACGGCGUGGGCACCGUGCAGAAGGGCCGGCCCAGGAAGAGGAAGAGCCCGGGGCCCGGCGCCGACCUGGCGGCCUACAACGCAGCUUUGAGCUGUAACGAGAACGACGGCGACCACCUGGACCGAGACCAGCAAUACCCCAGCAACCAGAAGACCAAGCGGAUGAGGACAUCCUUCAAACAUCACCAGUUGCGGACAAUGAAGUCUUACUUUGCUAUUAACCACAACCCGGAUGCCAAGGACUUGAAACAGCUGGCGCAGAAGACGGGCUUGACCAAGCGGGUUCUCCAGGUGUGGUUCCAAAACGCCCGGGCCAAAUUCAGGCGGAACCUUCUGCGGCAGGAGAACACGGGGGUGGACAAGGCCUCCGACUCGACGCUGCAAGCCGGCACGCCCUCGGGCCCCGCUUCGGAGAUCUCCAACGCCUCCAUGAGCCCGUCCAGCACCCCCACGACCCUCACGGACUUGACCAACCCCAGUAUGCCAUCGGUCACUUCGGUCUUGACGUCGGUGCCGGGGGGCCUGGAGGUCCACGAAUCCCGGAGUCCUUCACAGACGACGCUGACGAAUCUUUUCUGAUGACUCUUUCUCCAGACAAUUUCUUUACAAAAGAAACGGUCCUUAGUUUAAUUCCAAGUGUAUUUUUUACUAGAGGCUUUUCACAGCGGGACUAGCCACAGUGUAGGGUCUUUCUGGGAAGCAGGCGGGGACGCUUCGUUCUGGCGGGCUGAGGAGUCACUGGGAAGAGCGAAACCUACCACACAACAUUUGUGUCCAUGUACAGUUUGGCGGACUGGGCAAGGGAAACAGCAAUUAAUUUAAGUCGGCUCGAGCUUCUGUCCUUUCUCAAAGACUGCCAUGUGCCUUAUAUACGGUGAUCCCGUCCUUUGGAGAACAUGUUCCCCCUUCUUCCUCCUUUUUUCUCUCUGUAUAUUUAUGACCAGGGCAAAGGACAAGAAAAGGAAAAGGAAACAGAGUUUAAGAGAAGAAGAGAAAAUGUGAAUAAGAGUUUGUUACUUUGCAUUAGCCCCCAACGCCCUCCAUUGGUUGUUCUGAUGUUUUAGAAUUUUAAAAAGUGAAAAGUCUGUUCAGCUAUCAGAAUUUGUAAAAAUCUUCUAACCAGUAAUAAAACCACUUACGGAAACUA